AUGGCGCAAAAUUUAAUAGGCAACAGUAACAAAGCUAUUGAGACAAUAAAAAAUAAGUACAGAAAUGACAACCUUUUAAAUUACGCCAGCAGAGAUAACGAUCUCGUGGGAAGACAAAGGGGAGAAAGGGGAAGAGACACCCACGCAGAAACGGAAGCGGAAGCAGAGGCGGACACGGAAAGAGCACGAGGAAACGAGCAGGAAGAGAUAGCGGGAGCGGAAGAAAAGGACCAGACGAAUAAAGAAAAAGUCAGCAGUCACCACUCAUACGUAAGUAGCAAACAUGUUAACGGCGCUAAAAAGGGCUCUAUGCAUAAUGGAACAAAUUUUAUCGAUAAGUACAAAAAUUUAUUUACGAAAAGUGGUAAUUCGAAUGGGAUAAUUAGGCAAGAGUCAAACAACAAUGACACGUCCGAAAUCAAACGCAUCCUGUUCGACAGGAAUAGCUCCCAUGCAAUAAAUAGAGGUCGCCUUCUAGUAGAUAAUGCGAAAAGGAACAACUAUUAUAAUGUUAAAAAUGACCGUAGCAAGCUUCAUAAUAAGCCACUCAUUUACAGUUCCUCCAACAGGAACUACAGUGACGCUGUUAGUUCAAAGAGAAAGUUUUAUGCACUUAGAGAGAUAAACACAAAUAGGCAUGUGGACUUGGACAUGUACGAGCCACUGUACAGAUCUAACAAAAAGCACACGCACAGUAGGCAGGGCUCCGAAAAUAUUCACAAAAUUUCAGGAGUGGACGCGAAAGAAAAAGAUAACGACAAUGCAGUUUUGGACAGCUGUGAAGAUAUAAAAAAAGAAGACGGCACGAUGAAUAAUUACGACAUGUACAAGGAUAAUAUACAUGAUGGAGACUACAUGGACCAUUUGAAGGGAGCAAAAAUGAACAACAUGUUUCUCAGAAAUGAAGACAAUAAAAGAAACAAUGAAGACAAUAACGAAGCUAACUUCAACUUCCCCUACAGCAACAGAACAUACAAAGACAAUCUCGGUAACAAUCAAGACAUUACAUUUAAAAAUAAUAUUACGUGCACUUCAGCACCGAUGGAAAUUCCAAAGCAUAGCAAUUCUAACAAAGUGGACCUAAAUAUUUUAUAUAAUAAUGAUAUAGAAAAGUUGAAUAACAAUUUGUCUGCUUAUAACGAAUCAAAUAAGCUAAGUGAAUUGCAGGAAAAAUAUAAAAAUAAUUUUCUUUACGAAAGGGAUUUUCCAAAUCAUGCUCACGACAUGAAGGACAGAACAAGCAGCAAGACGAAGAAGGAUCAUGGGGAAAUGUACUCCAAUAAUGUCGUUCUGUAUGGCGACACUGGAUCGAAGAGUGACUUGAGAGGGAAUUUCCUGAACCACGCGGCGGGGAGCUCCUCACCCCCUAACGGCGCCCUGAACAAAGUAACGAAUCACACCAUGAGUAACAGACCCGCUAGGGAAGAGAAUUUCCCAGGCGAGAAGAAAAGCUCCGUCGAAAGGGAGUCCGAAAUUAUCAACAGGUAUAAUUACAACAGCGACACUAGACAUAAGGCAGCCACCAAUGAGAGCGGCAUGAGUAGUAGGAAGCAAAAAAUUUUAGAAAAUUUGAUGAACAUUAACAAAAAUAUCGAGGAAGAGAGGAGCAGAUCCAAUGCAAGAUUGAACAGCGGGAGGAUGCCUUAUGCAGAUAAUACCUUUUACAAUGGUAAAAAUGGUUUGCACAUGGAUUAUAAGAAUCCGCAUCACAGACGUUCGAACUCGACGAACGUGAAUCUAGGGCGACAUGAUGUGGACCGAGUUAGUAAUUAUCUAAAUUACGCUGAUGACACGCAAGCCAAAGUGACCUACUACCACGACAGGGAGUCGGGUACUAUUUCAGGUUACGAAAAAUAUAUGCAGUUAAAACACGCCAAAGGGAGUAAUGGCCUUUUGUCGAGGAAUGUCCCAGUCGACGCAGGGGGAAAUGACCCCAGCGCCAAGCCCACCUAUGAUGCAGUACAGUUAAGUCCACAUGGCGUGGUCCACAUGAAUGGUAAUAACGCCGAUACGCAAGGAAGUGUAAUAGAUGGAAAUCACAUUCACGGCGAAGCGUUGCGUAGCGCCAGUAAUGCCCCUAACCAGAAGGGCAGUCAUGAGUUGGGUGGCCUGAGAAACCUCGACCUGAAUGAAUUGAGGAAAAAACACAUGAACAUUAUCAGUCACAACAAUGAUAAAGGGGGGGCGAAUUAUUUGAACAAGAAAGAAACGUAUGAAGAGGGGAGGAACGAAAACUACAACGUGUGUGUGACAAAUGAAAAGAAUAAAAUGCAGCCGCUAAUCAGUAACUACGAGGAUUUGUUUUCAUUUGAUAAGAAUAUAAAAAAAAAAAACGACAUUAAAAAUAUCGUGUGUGUGUGUCAGGCAAGUAAGCAAAUGGCUCGACUGCAGCUACACAUGGAAGAGGGGAGACAAAUGCUCGAAACGGAAAAAAAUCUUUUUAAAAAAAAAAAAGACAAUUUUGAAAAAAAAGUAGAAAUGUUAGCGGAGAAGGAAAAGGAAAUAGAUAAGAUACAUUCCCAAAUGAAGGAAAAGGAAUUAAGUAUUGAUAAAAAAAAAAAUGAAAUUGAGGAGAAGGAAAAAUAUAUCAACUCGAUAAAGAACAAAUAUGACAAUGCACAGAGAGAGUUGUUAGAAAAAAUGAACGAAUGCAUCACCAUCGAAAAUAAGUGUAAGAGCAAACUGUAUGAAUAUGAUGAGAAGUUUGGUCUGUUCAACAAAAAAAUUAAAGAAAUGGAAGAGAGGGAAAAGGAAAUUGAAAAUGAAAGGAAAAAUAUAGAGAGAAAGGAAAAAAUGUUAUGUAAUGAUAAAAAAGAAUUGGAAGAGGAAAAAAUGCUCAACAUGAAGGAGAAAAACGAGCUGGAGAUGCUGAAGAAGGAAUUGGACUCGCUCGAAAAAGAAAAGAAAAAAAUAAUCGAAUGUGAAUACAGUAAUUUGCAAAAUAAGGAAGAGGAGCUGAGGAGAAAUGAACGAAGUAAUCUCAUCAAGGAAAAUGAAUUGAAAAGUAGAAUCGACAAGUAUAACGACUUAAUUGAUGAAGUUAACAAAAGCAAAAAGGAAUUAGAAAAUGAGAGAAUUAAAAUGAUGGACCAGUUGGAAAAUGAAAAAAAACACCUGGACAUGGAAAAGGAAAAUGAAAGAACUUACAUGAUGGAGGAACUGAACAAGGAAAGAAUGCUGAUGGUAGCAGAUGUGGACAAAAUGAAAAUGAUCAUGAUGGAAGACAUGGAAAGAACGAAGAAUACUAUGUUGGAUAAUGUGGAAAAGGAAAACAAAAGGAUGAGGGAGGAAGUCGAAAAUGAAAGGAGAGCUAUGGUAAAAAGCAUGGAAGAGGAUAAGGACAAGUUUAAGGUUUAUAUAGAACAGAAGUGUAAGGAAAAUUUAGAACAUGAAAAAUUAGCACUGGAAAAAAAAUACAAAGAACAAGCCAACAAACUGCAAAACGAAAUUGCAAAUGAGAGAAAAAAAAUCCUCAAAGAUAGAGAUUCCUUCGAGCAACAGAAAAAGAUAUAUGAAGAGGAAUUCCGUUCAAAGUGUGAGAAGUACGAAGAGGGUAUACAGAAAAAGUACGAACUGCUGGAUGAAGAGAAAAGCAAAAUGAAGUACCUCAUAAUGAAAGAGCAGGAAGAGUUAGAGAAUUUCAAAAAAAGGGUCUACGUUGACAUCGAGGAAGAAAAAGAAAAGCUGUACGUACAACAAGAAAAGUUAAAUCUGGAAAAGGAAAAUUUACAAGUGGAAAAGGAGCAAAUCGAAAUUGAGCUGAAAAAUUAUAAAAACUUCAAGGAAAAAGAAGAAAACGACAUAAAAAUUAGAAUAAUAAAUUUAUCACAACAACAGGAAGAUCUGAACAAGGAAAAGGAAAACAUGGAAAAGGAGAAGGAAGAAAUGGAAAAGAGAAGAUUUGACCUGGACGAAAGGGAACAAAGUUUACAUAAUGACAAACUACAGGUGGAGGAGUCUCGAAAAAUAUUCGAUGAGCAAUUAGAAAAAAUUAAAAAGAACAAAGAAGAACUGCUAAAUUAUGACAAGGACUUAAAAACGAAAGAAAUCAACCUUAUUGAAAAAGAAAAGGAACAGAAAAAAAACGAAGACGAACUCCAUAAGAAGAAGGAAAAGCUAAACGAAUUUGAUAGCGACUUGAAGGAGUAUAGUGGUAAGCUACAAGGAAGAGAAAAAAAAUUAAAGGAAAAGAAAAACGAAUUACAAAUGGUUAAAGACCAGUUAGUGAAUUAUAAAAAUAGUUUGAAACAAAAGGAGGUACAAUUUCAAAUGAUUGAGAAGAGAGAAAAGGAGCUUAUUGACGAGCAGACAGUCAUUCAGAUUGAUAGAAACAGUCUGGAAGCGGAGAAAAAGCAGUUCUUGCUCAUGAAGGAGAAGCACGAUAAGGACACAGAAUUUAUACAAGAGCAGUUAAAACUCUUACAUGAACAAUUGAAAAAUAAAGAAAAGUCACUCAAGGAAAAGGAAAACGAGAUUAACCUGUUGAAUAAGUUACAGAAUUGUCGAAGUAAAAAUGCAAAGGGGGCAAUAAUAUCUCUGAAGAAUUUAGAAAACAGGAAACUCAGCUCCAAUUUGUCCAGGGCAAGUAACUCCAAGAACAAAGUCAAGGUAAAAAUUAUUGGCAAAAAUAGACUAGACCUAAUCCGAAGGAAAAACAGAAAAAAAAGCAUCAACUUUAAUUACAACAAUCUCGAAAUUAAUAAUAGCAUUCAAUAUAUUGACAGCAUGAUAAACGAGAACUUCAAAAAUAAGCCUUUUCUCAAGUAUAAAAAUGGAAAUAAUAGUUUGGGCUUGUCGGAGCCUUUUCACCCCAUCGAUCGAGUAAGCAACAGUGAUAUGAGGAUCAAUACAGCAGGGAAGGAGGGGAAGACAGGGGGGUCAAAUAGGAUGGACACCUAUGACAGUAGUGCAACGCAGGUAGACAAUUCGUACAAUCAUAUGAAUGAGAAGGGGGGUGUUAACAUGUCUACCUAUGGUGGGAAAAAUACGGCCGAUUAUUCUCUACCCUCCGACGGGGUACACUACCUGGAGAACAACUCCAGUAAGAGCAAGCAUACAGGUAGCGCCACCAUGAUUGGCAACGCCGGUACUAAAUCGAGAAGCAACUUUGAAAAGGACCCCUUCCAUCAAGUGAGUAAUUUCGCAAUGAAUGACAACCACCCAGUAGUGAACAGCAGUGAGAUGGUUGGCCAUGUGGCUGAAGAUUUGACAAAUGAAUACGUAGAAAAUUACAAAGAGAAUGGGGAUGUGGAUAAGGACUAUUUUGGUGGCCCAAGCAAUAGACAUUAUAAAAUGGACUCGGGGGAGAUGGAGGGGAGAAACGGCAACAGCGUGGCGGUGAAAGGUAAUUACAAUUACGGCUAUGCAGGGGAAGGGGGUGAGAUUGUGGAGGAUGGCAGAUACGAGAGACAGCAUGGCGCCUACGCGAGUGGGAAUAAAUCCGCCUCCCCACCCAAUGAAGGCGUCUUCAUCGACGGCCACGCUCAACGCGACAAGCGUGACAAUCACAACAGCUACAACAUUAACAACCUGAGCACGAACAUCAAGAUGGGAAACAGCAACCUGACGUACGCUUCAAACACGAAGAAUACCUCGAGGAUGAAUUUCAAGGAGCACCGACUCCAAGAGCAUGGUGAAAACAUGCUGGCGUCACUCAACGUCAAUAAUUUAAUAGAAUCCGAUUUGAUAGAUGUAAAAAGCAACUACGGUAAUUUUUCAUCUAAGCAGAAUAGUAAGUACGAUGGAGAUUUUCUCCUGACCAAUUAUGAGCAAAGAGACAUGAACGUGAUGAUGGGGCAGCAGCAUCAAAUGCAUCAUCAUCAUCAGGAGGAGCAGCAGGAGGAGGAACAGAUGCACCAGGGGGGAAAGGGCUAUGGAGAUUAUUCGGAGAUCAAACAACCCAAGCAGAACGUCCAGCGAAUUGAUACGAUUAAUAAAAAUAUUAGCACCAUUAACGAUGACGUCGAGCACAUAAACAGCAACAUAAAUAACAUAAAUGACAAUCUGCAUAAAAUUAACAGCCAUGUGCAUGGGGGCGAGGAUAUAUCGAGGGGGUUCCCUCCCAAAGGAGACGCAGGGAUGGGCGCGCAAAAAGGAAAAGGCAAUGACCAGAUGAACAAAAACAGAAGCAGAAAUGGGGAUGCGAAUGGGAGUGGGAAAAAUUUAGUCCCCCUCAACCAGAUAGACAAACUCGUGAACAGAAAUAUGCAGUCUAUAAACCACAUGUCCAAUUUAAUGCAGAGUGGGAAGACGAUGAAGGCGCCACUGAACAAGCAGAAAGAUAAUUGUAGAAUCAUCAAUCAGGAAAAAAAUAAAGACAACAAAGGUAACAUGGAUCACACGGACAUACGAGACAAUCGGGAGAACUUCUUCAACUACAACAAUGAAGAAAAUGACACGAUAAAAAAGGAGAGCAGUUUUAACGAAUUUCUAGAAGACAUAAAUUCUGACCACUACUACGGCAAUGCUGGCAAGGGGGUCGCUGAAAAGGAAAACGAAGAUUUUUAUCAUAACAUGGAAAGGUCAUUAAACAGUAGAAAUAUGAAUGAUUCGUAUGAUUAUAAACAUGUGGGGAAGCCAAGCGGGGGUGGUGCGUACGAGGAGGACUACAACCACGAGUAUGGAGGUGGCGCACACAACCGUACCGGUUACGGUACUAGCAAUCGCUCCUUGCAGACGGCCCCCCAAAAGAAAACCAACAUUAAGAUGGUGCAAGACAACGGGUAUAACAGUGAUAGUAACGUGCUGAGGGGUAAUAACUUUGCCUCAAAUGAAGAAAAUUGUAGAAGGUUGAAUUCAAAUUCCAUCGCCCAAGGGAAGGAAAGCAACCUCAAGACGAGAAACAACAGUAGUAAUAUCUAUUAUGAUAACGACCAGAAUGCACCCCCAAGGUACAGGAAUGACAUGACGCGGAAAAUGAGAAACAAGAAACAGGAAUUCUACGAAGAUAAUUUUGUUUUAAAAACAAAUGAGCAGAAGCACCCGUGUUAUGAUAAAAGUGGUAAACAUCUCGAUCAGGCGGGGAACCCUACUGGUCGGGAAGGCGGCAUGGGUAAGCACGCCAGCAAGGGUGACGGCAGGGGGGGCAGCAAGGCCUGUUUAGUGAACCCAAGCCCAAAUAGGAACGUGCACAAAAGCGCGAGCAAUAAUGCGAACAAGAACGCCAACCCGGUGGGCAUAAAGGGAUUCAUGAAGGGCAUGCAGAAUGGACGCGAGCUUGGCACCGCGGGUAGUGGCGGAAAUAGCAUAAUCGAGCAGCUCGACAAAACUCUGCUGAACAAGUCCAUCUUGAUGAGCAAGAAUAAAAAGAAGUGA